ACUGCUUCUCUGCAUUUCCAGGAAGUCCGUGUGAUGGUGAUGGAGGCUCUGAAGGUGUUUUCUCAGGAUCGAACCGGCCUGGCCGACUACGCUCUGGAGUCCGGAGGGGGCAGCAUCCUCAGCACUCGCUGCUCGGAGACCUACCAGACGAAGGCCGCCCUGCUGAGCUUAUUUGGAUUUCCUCUCUGGUAUUUCUCCCAGUCUCCUCGAACCGUGAUCCAGCCUGACGUCCAUCCUGGGAACUGCUGGGCCUUCAGAGGAUCUAAAGGCUUCCUUGUGAUCCAGCUGUCCAUGAAAAUCCUUCCCACAGCCGUCACCAUGGAGCACGUCUCCAAAUCCCUGGCCCCCAGCGGGACGCUGCGCAGCGCUCCACGAGACUUCAGCGUCUACGGUCUGAAAGAUGAGCAUGAGGACAGAGGGAAACUGCUGGGAAAUUACACGUACGACGAAGACGGAGAGGAUCUGCAGAUGUUCACCAUCUCAGAGGAGAAUGACGAAGCCUUCCAGAUCAUCGAGGUGCAGGUUCUCUCUAACUGGGGCCACCCGGAGUACACGUGCAUGUACCGCUUCAGAGUGCACGGGUUGCCGAGCGACGUCUGAGUCGACAAGGCGCAGAAGCUCUGCUCGCUUUUUAACCAUCUGCGCAGCGGCUGGCUCUUACGUUUCCCGUGGAAACGCUCUCUGUCCGGCGAUCCAAUGAAUCUGUUCAUAGUUUCUCUAUCUCCAGGUUGUGCUUCCAGGCCGUUGCUGCUGGUUUUCAACGUGUUUUAUGCAUUUAUCAGGUGUGAUGUCAUUCAGCUGUUGCGUCAGAGUAAAACCUUCUCUCUGCAUCACGGAGCGGAUAAACGGGCCAACGGAUCGGUCUGACGAGGAGGGAAGGCUUUAGUUUAGAGCAGAAACUGAAACAAUGUCCCACUUCAGCACAUAACGCAGUAUAAAAAAGCUUUUUACGUUUGAAAACCGUAAAAAUGUGAAACCUGAAAACUUGAAGGGAAAGAAAAAGUAAAAACUAUUUCCAACAGCA